AUGAAGAACAUCAAUUAAUUUCAAAGUUUGGAUUGCCAAUUAGGUGAUUAAUAUGACCCUACAGCCAAAAUUGUUGUUUCAUCCCGACAAGAGAAGGAUGAUUACUUAUUACCCAAGAUUUGCAAAUAAAUUGAAUUCUACUUAGGAGAUGCUAAUCUAUUGCAUGAUAACUAUUUCAGACGAUUACUCCAAGAAAAUUAGGGUUGGAUCCCUUUGGAGGCAUUCUUAUAAUGUAAUAAGAUAAAAGUUAUACUUCGUAAUUAUCCCAAAGGAUCGAAGCAACAAGUGCUCAUCCUAAUAUAUGCAUUGAAAAGAAGUGAUAUAUUGGAGGUUGAUGAAGAUAGAAGUAUGGUGAAGAGGAAAAUUCCAUUUGUUGAUAAUAGUCAUUUUAUGGAUGAAAGGACUAUUUAUGUUGAAAACAUUCCACGAGUAGUAGAUCAAUAAUUGUUACAUUAGAUUUUUAGCAGAGUAGUUUUUGUUUUCAUUAUAUAAUAGAUAGAUAAGUAGGUCUUACAAGUGAAGAAAUUCGACACGUAUGGAUUUAUAACCUUUCUUAACAUCGAGAGUGUAAACAAGGCCAUUCAAGUUUUCAAUAACUUAAUACCUAAAGAGAUUAUGGAGAGGGAAAGUAAGGAGAGUCUAAUUUAGUAAUGAUCAAAGGCGGAUUACGAGUGAUGAGUAAGAUCGAUUGGCUCAAUUACAAAAAUUAGUGCAAGUAGUUGAAAUAGAAAAAGAAUAAUGAACUGAUCGAGGAGCCUGUCAAAUUGAAAAUUAAGCAGAUUUAAACUCAAGAUCUAAAAAUUGAAGAGUUACGUAUUGCUGUUGGACACGCUGUCAAUCCUCGACUUGUUAAACAUAUUAACAUUGAUUCUGAAACAUGCGUAAUUGAGUGUGCAAAUCAAUUUGCAGCAGAUUCAAUCAAACUCAAUAUCUUUCGCAUCCAAAACUAUGAUGACAGAUUCUGUAAUUCCUUAUUGGACAUUUCAUGA